ACAGCCAUUUCUUCGCCAUUGUAGCUCAGCCAUUAUUUCCGCGGUAAAGCACUGCAAUAUUUUCUCUUUAAAAUUCUUACAAUGCUGUCAAAGUCGUUUGUUGCUAUUUUGUCCUUGGCAUGUCUGACAGUCACCGAGGCCUCAGCCAAGAAUACGCCGAAAGUUGUCGGAACCGUGGUUGACAUUAGCAAGGAUGCAGUUGAUCACGUCAAAAUAGAGCCAGAGGAUGAUGGGAAUACGGUUAUUUUUUCCCUAAAGGACGGUUAUGCCGCCGAGAAGGUCGUGGACGGUUCCGAGACGAUCAAAACCUUUGACCUGGAGAAACACGCCCCAAAGUACAUAACAAAGCACAUACAAGACGGAAAGGCAUACCUGGUUAUUGUGGUAGAAGCUGCCUAUCAUCUAGCCUUCAAGAAGGAAAAAGAGUGGACCAGCAUCGACAUUACAGCCUUCCACGAAAGCGUCUUCUUCAAGGGUUUCGAGAGCAUCGUUCUAGACCUUGAGAAGUUUGUCGACAGCUCUCUAUUUUCUGUGGAGGCCUUUGGCUCCGGCGAAAAGUAUGCCUUUGAAGCUCCAAAUAAGCGUGCUUCCAAGGUCGUCUCCGCAGAUAAAGAUGUCGUUUCUGGUGACGAUAAACUCAUCCUAGACGCUUGUGUCUAUGCCAAGGGUGAUAGUAUGAUUGCUACCGUCUGGUACAUUUACAAGCCUGAUGGCAGAAUCAAGGAAGUCUUCUUCCAAAAGACAGAGGAUGGCUGGACCAGAGUUGACGUUACCACCGCCGCCAAAGUUCUAAACGGCAUGAAUCCUGACUUUUCUACCGACUACAAGACUGUGUACGAUGGAUUCUCUGUCUCUCACGUCUUCUUUGUGGCUUUUGCAAUUGCAUUCUCCACUUUAUUUUUCUAG